AUGAAUGAUGUGCAGUCUGCGGUCGAAUCAGCCCGACAGGGGUACCAGACAAAGUCAAAAGGAUCCAAGGUUCAGUCUGCUUUAACAACCUGCUCAUCCAGGAUAAUGUUCUACGGAGGUGAUUCAAUGGGACGUCACUUGAAGAAUUCUGUUCUCAAUCAUGAAGAGUUACUUGUUGAAAUAUCGAAAGCAGUGUCUCGUAUCGCACUCGUACUGCCCAGGACUGAGCUACACUCCGUGCUGUACCCCACACCACGCAUACAGGACGCUGUAUCCCAGCUAUACGCAAAGAUUAUAGAGUUCGCCGUAAUGGCAAUCAAGUGUCUAGGGUUUAACCCCAUUGUCGAAGAGAUUGCCGAACGGUCGAAGGAUGUCGAUGAGCUGGCCAGCGCAGCGGUUAAAGCCGAGAUUAGGGAUUUGCAUGUCAAUGUCCACAGGCAAAAUGAGACUAGACUCCAACUGACAGAGAUGGUUUCUUGUAACAACAGCAGUCUCUCCAGACACACUCUCCUUGCGUUGAUAGAAGAGCAUAGACAAAUGUUCAGGGUCAGUCAAAUUGAGGACAUAAGGACAGUCGCGCUACUAGAGGAUACGGCAGUAGCAGACGACAGCCUAGCCUGGUGCCGGUCGAUGCGAAAUCGACGGAGGCAGAAAGCACCCACAAGAGUUGGAGUGAAGACUAGCUCGCUUGAUUUUGCAGCUGAUUUCCUUGACAUAGUUCUUGAGCAUGGGUACCCUGUUAUCUGGGCCUUGUCUUCCAUUGUCACUGAGGUCGAUGAUGAUAGCCUGGUCCCGUCGGUUUCAGGCAUAAUUCGCUCACUCAUCUCACAGGCUUUGGCCUUGAACAAUGCUGCCGUAAGUGAAGGCAGUAAUCCUCUCACGCCCAAACACUUCAAGUCUGCUGUCAGCAUCAUGCAGUGGUUUGAUAUACUUGAUCGUUGCGUGUCAAGUUUCCAGCAGAUAUUCAUUGUUCUCGACAUGAACGUUAUUGAAGCUGCUGUGGAGGAAAAGGAAGCCGAGGAUCAGUUUUUCAAGAUCAGUGACUUCGUAGAGCGGGUCUCACGUAUCGCACAAUCAAAACAGAAAGCCGUCAAAGUCAUAUUUGCAUCGUGGAGGUUUAAUGCGAUUACCUCCUUAGAUGCCGAGUCUAUUUUCGAUGACAGGCGUCUGUUCACCGAUAGAGGGCGGAAGAUCGAGCGGCUGAUGAAACAACCAAGGUUUCGAGCUGCGUUUAAGAGAAAACACCAGAACUUCCAUGACAAGUUUAGAUCUUCGAUUACUCUGGGAGACGAAGAUUCAAGGCCGUGA